UGUUUGACUGAAUGUGGGAUUGGGGAGGAAAAUGAUGGAGUCUUGAUGCGUUGAGUUUGUGUGUGAAUACGAAAACAGCGCUGGAAAUUCCUCCUUUCGACCGGGAAAACCGCCACUGCUUCUCGGCUUCAAGCUCCUCAGUUUGGUCGUCGCCGGUAUACGACUGAGUAUCCUGGGGAUUUCGCUGCCGCUCUUUACCCUGGGAUAGCCUGCCUGGCUAAGAUUAGCCUAGGCUGCUAGCGGAGCUCUAUGGGAAUCUCCAGCCGGAGCGGCACUUUAGCUCGCUAGCGGACUGAAUGCAGCCUCGCGCCUCACGCCGCAUCGGGCACGUUCAGCCGCUACUGCUGCUGCAUUAUUCACGCGGUUUAUUGACACAUGGAAAUGAGGAAUAUUGGAUUACCAUGCACUGCUUACGUUUAUUUUGAGGGAUUUGCUGCACGGAAUGAGCUCUGUGAGAGCUGUCAAUCACCCCGGUGGAUUUAACAUGUCGUGCCAUCAUGCUGAUCUGCGAUCAUCCACACUAAUGUUUUGAUGGCAAGGGAUCUACGUAUUUUUUCCUUUCCUCUACCUGAUUUUAAACCCCUUAAACAUCAGUGAAUGCACAAAAGCUGAUUUUGGACGGAUACUUUUGAGAACUUUUCCAAGGAAAGGAUUUGUGAGGGGGUGGCGUCAGAACGCGACGGUAUUUUAAACAAACUGUCAGCUCUAUAAAGAGGACAAAACCAUGGCUUCAGUGUGGAAGAGACUGCAGCGUGUUGGGAAACAUGCUUCCAAAUUCCAGUUUGUCGCCUCCUACCAGGAACUCAUGGUGGAAUGCACAAAGAAAUGGCAACCGGACAAGCUAGUUGUUGUCUGGACACGCAGGAGCCGAAGGAAAUCAUCCAAGUCUCAUAGCUGGCAGCCUGGCAUCAAGAAUCCCUAUAGAGGAGUGGUGGUGUGGCCUGUUCCAGAGAAUAUAGAGAUCACUGUCACACUAUUUAAGGAUCCCCACGCAGAGGAGUUUGAAGACAAAGAGUGGACCUUUGUCAUUGAAAAUGAAUCUCCGUCGGGUCGUCGGAAAGCGCUGGCCACCAGCUGCAUUAACAUGAAGCAGUAUGCCAGUGCCAUGCCCACACAGACAGACGUCAAGCUCAAGUUCAAGCCGCUGUCCAAGAAAGUGGUUUCAGCAACACUUCAGUUCUCCCUGUCCUGCAUCUUUCUGCGAGAGGGCAAAGCCACUGAUGAAGAUAUGCAGAGUCUGGCCAGUCUGAUGAGCAUGAAGCAGGCUGAUAUUGGUAAUCUGGAUGAUUUUGAGGAAGAGAAUGAGGAAGAUGAGGAGAACAGAGUGAACCAGGAGGAGAAGGCCGCCAAGAUCACAGAGAUUGUGAGGCAGCUGAAUGCUCUCAGCUCUAUAGAUGGAGAACCAGAUGACUGCCUAAAGCAAGCAAAUAAACCUGCCUCCUCUUCUGAAGAGCUGAUCAGUAAGUUGAACUUCCUGGAUCAGGAGGACCAAGACCAGAGCAACAUGAGCUCUAACCCCUUCGAUGAACCUAUUGACCCGGUUGACCUUAACCCCUUUGGUGACCCGGAUGAGGAUGAACCAUCUCCUAAGCCCCAUGUGCGGUCCACUAUCAGAGAUCAGGAGCCUGUAUAUGAUCAGAACACCUCUUAUCCUUCAAACCCAUUUGAUGAGGCUGACAUAGAAAUGGACUCUUCUCAACAUGGCAACCCGUUUGAUGAACCUGAACGCGAACCCCAGCCUAAAGUUUCUCCACCCAGAAGCAGCAAGAGGAAGAAUGUCCGGCCGGUGGACAUGAGCAAAUACCUGUACGCCAACACAACCAAGACAGAGGAGGAGGAGCUAGAUGAAUCAAACCCAUUCUAUGAGCCCAGAUCCUCUGGUGCAGUCACAUCCGAGGUAGACAGCAGCAUCUCCGAGAAGAGCACCAAACGCCAGGCCCCUCUGCCUCCUAGUGCUGGACCCAACCCUGCUGUGGCCCCUGGAGGCCCUGUACCAAAGACCUCAGCUCCUGAAGGAACACCCACUCCACCGGCUCUGGCACCCUCAGCUGUCUCAGCUGUUAUAGGUAGAGAGUUUACCUCGUCCUCGCCCAAGCCCAGUCCAAUUCCUAGUCCUGUUCUUGGUGGGAGGCCGAAUGCAAGUCAGUCCCUGUUGGCCUGGUGCCGUGAGGUCACAAAAAACUACAGAGGCGUCAAAAUCACCAACUUCACCACUUCCUGGAGGAAUGGACUGGCAUUCUGUGCCCUGUUACACCACUUCAGACCCGGCUUAAUUGACUACAAGGCUCUCAAUCCUCAAGAUAUUAAAGAAAACAACAAAAAGGCAUAUGAUGGCUUCGCCAGUCUGGGAAUCUCUCGGCUUCUGGAGCCGUCUGACAUGGUUCUACUGGCGAUCCCGGAUAAGCUGACAGUGAUGACGUACCUGUAUCAGAUCCGGGCACAUUUCAGCGGAGAGGAACUCAAUGUUGUGCAGAUCGAAGCCAACAGCAGUCGUAGCACAUACAAAGUUGGAGACUUUGAAACGGAUACAAACAGUUCUAUCGACCAAGACAAGUUCUACGCAGAACUUAACGACAUUCACCAAGAGCCCACCAAUCAGGGUGCCGCAGCAACCAAUGGUGGGCAUGGUGUUAAAGAAGAGCAGGAAGUGAAGUCAGUCAUGACAGUUGGGGGAUGUGGUUCUCUAUCCACCUCCCCAAGGGAAGUUCUAAAAGAUGUAGCUCCAUCUUUAUGGGCGACUACAGCAGACCGUGACUCUACAGUAGCUACAACGGUCACUGAACCUCACCCACGAUCCGCCCAAAGCACCAGAACCAACCUGGAGACCUCCACCAGCCAACCUCCCGCUGCAGAACAGAAAAAACUCCUCAAAGCCGAUACACUGGACAUGGGUGAUCUGUCUCACAGGCUGGAGAGAGAAAAGGAGAGAGGGCAAUCAGGUGGGUUGACCGCUGCUGACACCAGAGACUCCAGGGAGCAGCACGAGACCCCACGGCCUGGUGAAAGACAAAUUGAAUCUGGGUCACCCACGUGGCAGACCGGGUCUUCUCUAACGAACACACACAAACUGGGCUUCACGUAUAACAGAGACACUGAUCUUAUCAAGAAGAAGAGAGCGAGUUUGCGCCACUCUGAAUCUGACAGCAGUGCCCAGACCAACCACACACACACACCUGCUAAACUCACACAGGAAGUCAUACCCGCCCCAGUGUCUAACACCAGUGAAGAGAAGAAGGUCCUGUCUCGUCAAGAGGAGCUGAAGGAGAGGGCCAGGCUGCUAUUGGAACAGGCCCGUAGAGAUGCUGCCAUGAAGGCUGGAAACAAAAGCACCACUAAUGCACAGUCACCUACACAAACUCCACAGAUUAUUGAUGAGCGUGAUGAAGAACGGCGCAGGCAGCUGCGAGAGAGAGCCAGGCAGCUGAUAGCAGAGGCUCGAUCUGGAGUAAAGAUGGCUGAACUGUCUCUCUAUACUAACUCCACCUCCAUAGCCUGUAGUGCAGCUGGGAACAACUUAAAAGGAAGGUCAAAGACAGCUGGAGACGUGGUGGAUGGGAUGAGUGUGGAGGGUGAGGAUGAGGAGAGCAGGAGUGAUAUUGAGGCGGCGGCAUCGUCUCAUGCUGAUGAUGUCACUCAUACUAACCCUGAGGAGGAACUGUCGUCUUCAUGUCUAAUGGAGGAUGAUUUUACUAACACUGCCAGUGACCUGGCCGCUCUGGGUGUGAUGAACAGCAGGCAUGUGGACCUGAAGCUCAAGAAGCUCACAGAGAUUCAGCCACAGGGUGGCAGCUCUCCUUCAUCUUCAUCAUCUUCCUCAUCGCUGACGGCAUCCAGUACUUCACCCCUCAGCCCUGAAUCAGGCGGCAUGCAGAAUAAUGUUGAUGAAUUGCAUGCAGAGCGUCUUCGCAGGGCAACGGAACAUCUGCGCAGUCCCGUUGUCUUCCACAAGGAGUCUGCAGUUAGGAAAACACAGCUCAAAUCAUUCAGCCAAUACGUAGAGACCAGGCCAGAGGUUAAAAGGCAGAGAUCAGUGCCUGAAGAUCUAAAGCGGGCACCCGAGGAGAGAGGAGCUUUGACAGAGACAGAAGGACGAAAGCCAACUGAAGAUGAACAGAAAGCGUUCAAAGACACCAGUCAGUACGUGGUGGGAGAACUGGCGGCGCUGGAGAGUGAGCAGAGGCAGAUCGACACGCGGGCCUCGCGUGUGGAGAAACGUCUGCGCUAUCUCAUGGACACAGGCAAUAAUAAAGAAGAGGAAGAGUCCAUGAUGCAGGAAUGGUUUACGUUGGUCAACAAGAAGAAUGCUCUGAUCCGCCGACAGAACCAGCUCUCUCUGCUGGAGAAGGAACACGAUCUGGAGAGACGCUUUGAGCUGCUGAACCGAGAAUUAAGGGCAAUGCUGGCGAUUGAAGACUGGCAGAAGACAGAGGCGCAAAAGCGCCGAGAGCAGCUGCUGCUGGAUGAGCUGGUCAUACUGGUCAACAAACGUGAUGCGCUGGUCCGAGACCUAGACGCCCAGGAGAAAGAGGCUGAGGAGGAAGACGAGCACCUGGAGAGAACCCUGGAACAGAACAAAGGCAAGAUGGCAAAGAAAGAGGAGAAGUGCGUUCUUCAGUGACGGUCAAAAAAAGGAGCAAGAUGACAUAUACACUACAAAAUCUUGAAAUGUAUUUGUGUCAUAGAGACCACAGCAUACACCUUAUUAUUGUUGUUUUAAAUCUUCAUAUGUAGAUCUUUUUGUUAUCACUAAGGGCUUAAGAACUGCUGAAUGCCCUGAGAUGCAUCCUGUUUUAUUAAUACCUGAGAUUUAUUAUUUCUCACACACAAAUACAAAAACUUUAUUAUUGUUAUUAUUAUUAGGUUUGGUUUGUUGGAUUUCACAAACAAGGUACUUAAGGAACUAAUAUUUGAGGAGAUGCAAAGCUGUACAAUUUCGAAAACUUUGACUAAAUGGUUAAAUCCAUUAUAAUACAGAUUAAUCUGAACACUAAGGCAUUCACAGCCUUCCGAAUGUGUUUCUCUUUCUUACAGGAAAUUAUUACUCAAAGUUUCGGUACAGCAUUUAACCUGGGACAUUUUUUUAUUUGUGAAUAGGAUUGGGUUUCAAAAUCAUAUCACAUUUCAGUUUUAAGAAAAUCUAUCAACAUGUUCUUCUCUAACAAGAGCUGAAAUGUUUUAAUUACUUAACUUUCUAAGUGUAGAAUAUUUGAGAAGGGGGACUUGUUGCUUUUAAAAAUAUAUUUAGUGUUUUUUUAUGUUUAAUAUGUUUACCAAACAUUUUAGAGCUUGCUUUAGUGAGAGGAGUGAAAUACUGCGAGUGCAUAUAAAAAAUAAACGGCCAUGUUGUACAUUUCAUUUUACUGUUGGAGGCUUAAAAAAACUUGAAAAAAAAACGUUAUUUUCAGAAGCAGUCACGAUCAGUGUAAUUUAUUACUGUUUGCUUUUAUUAAAGUUUGAGACGUUUUUAAAGUAACCAUCUUCACAAUCCUGUACAUUUGCUCAAGGACUUCAAUAUUUAUUGUAUAGUUUAGAAGGGAGGCUUUUCUUGUCUGCAUAUUUCAGUUUCACGUCUUUAUUGUAUGAGCAUCACCGGUUUAUUUAUUCCACUGUACUAUAAAUAUCACUGUUCAAUAAAAUCCAAAUGAUUUCAUACUCGAAUUAAACACUUCGUGUGGUUUUGGUUACUAAUGGAUUUGGCCUUGUGUCCCUACAGCAAAUGUUGUGUGCCAUUUUUUUAAGCUGAUACUGAAUGAACCUAGAAUUUAAUUUUUUUUAACACAUUUCAUUACG